UUAUUACACAUUUGUGUUCACUGUUUUGGUUUCAAUCAAUUACUUUCCCGACAAUACAUUUGGUGAGACGCGAUAUGAAGAUGAGACGAGACAAGCAAUGAUUGAGAUGAACAAACUGUUUCGACACCUGUUCCCACUGGUGCCCGAUAAGGCUCAUUAUAUAUGGAAAGCCAGUCAUUUGGGAGGUUCCCUAACAUUAGAUCAGCCCCGACAUCAAACUUCAUAUAUAGAACAUAUUGAAAAUCCCGAACCACUAGUACGCCAUUCCUCGACACCUCAAAGUGAAGCGAAUGUCAAUAAAAUUAGAGAAGAGUCGUCUCAAUUUGAAGACCUACCGAUAGUCAGCUCUGUGGUCACUAAACCGACACCUGUGUUAUCACCGAUUCUGGCAAAUAAUUAUCACAUUAUUAAGUCUGGCCGACGAAUGCAAACGACACCACUCGGCAAAAGGGGUCCGGAAUGCAUGAGGAAGUGUAUCGCACAGGGAGUACUACAUCCCGUUCAGUGUCACUCACUCUGCUAAGUCUUGCACACACUUUCGCACAUCCUUUUCCUCUAUAAUUACAUUUCUGUUGAAUUGAUUGGACGUAUCACCAAUUGGGCCAA